CAUCGUCUCCGCAACACCGCAACCGCACCGCAUUAUGAAAGGCCCUUACCCCGAGAUCCAGGGCGGUGGCUCGCUGAUCCUGGCCUGGCAGAUCCGCAACAAGCGCGUCUUGGUUGUCGGCGGCGAAGUCAAGGUUGCUGCCGGGCGCAUCGUGAAUGUACUCAACGCCGACGCCAAAAUCACCGUCGUCUCCCCCCGCGAAGGUCUUAACGACGAGGUCGCCUAUCGCAUCGACCAGGGCCAGGUCGAUUAUGUCGACCGCAAGUUCGAGCCCUCGGAUCUCGACGGUGUUGACAUGGUCCUGACUGCCGUGGAUGACCCAGAAGCCUCGUCGCAGAUCUACAAGCUGUGCAAGGAGAGGCGCAUCGCUGCAAACAUCGCAGAUGUCCCUCCUGAAUGCGACUUUUACUUUGGCAGCGUCCACCGCGACGGGCCUCUGCAAAUCAUGGUCAGCACCAAUGGCAACGGGCCCAAGCUCGCAAACAUUGUCAGGAGACAGAUCGCCGCCGGCCUCCCUCACAACAUUGGGAAUGCUGUUCAGAGAGUCGGCAUGCUGCGAAAGAAGCUCAGAAAGGUUGCGCCCACUAUAGAAGAAGGCCCCAAGCGCAUGCAGUGGAUGUCCAAAGUCUGCGAGCAAUACUCACUCGAUGACCUCUGCGCCAUGACCGAAGAGGACAUGGAGAUGCUGCUGGGCUUUUACAAACCCGGCACUGUUCCCUCGCUCGAAGCAGUCCGCCUACAAGAGCCAGACGGUGCCUACGAUGGGCCUUUUCUGAUAUGACGGUAUUCUACACGGCGUUUGGUAGACAGUGGUAGGUGCACAUACGGGUUACGGCAACGCCAUUCUCAUAUUCUUGUAUAUCAAUUGUAGAGUGUCUGGUACUAAAGAUUAUUUUUCUCCAAUCACUCCAUCACCAAAGUCACCACCAAUCAGGCCGGGUUGGUCCGUGCACUACCC